ACAGAGCUCGGAAGUAGCCGGAGCCUCUCCACCUUCCAUUUCUGUGUCUAUUCUUCCCGAUCUCCAUGGGUGGGGCAAGGAGUGGUUCGGCCUUGGCCGUUGCAGCGGCUGUGGCCGCGGUGAUGUGGGCGGGGACGGCGGCGGCGGCCGUGUACGAGGUGGGCGACAAGCUGGGGUGGACCAUCAUGAACAACCCCGACUACGGCAGCUGGGCCAAGUCCAAGAAGUUCAGCGUCGGCGACACCAUCGUGUUCACGUACAACAAGCAGUUCCACAACGUCAUCGCUGUGAGCAAGGCGGACUACAAGAACUGCGACGUGACGAAGCCGACGGCCACCUGGUCCACGGGCAAGGACUCCGUCGUCCUCAACACCACCGGUCACCACUACUUCCUCUGCGGCUUCCCGGGCCACUGCGCCAUCGGGCAGAAGGUCGACGUCCCCGUGCUCUCCUCUGCUGCCCCUUCCACGGCGCCCUCCAUGGCGCCCACUCCGUCCGCCGCUGGCGGUGGCUCCGCUGGCCGAGCUGCCGCAGCAGCGCCAUCGCCACACGGUAAUGCGGCGUCGACUGUCGGUUGCUCCUUCGCCCUGACGAUCGCCGCAUCCGUGCUGUCCGUGGCCGCUGCCAGCCUGAACCUGCUCUAGUCCCGGACUUCUGCGUCGAGGAUGCGUCGCGCCUUCUGAAUUGUGAGCCUGUGUUUGUCGCGCCUUCUGAAUUGUGAGCUAUUGGGUCGUCUGGAUCCUGUGUUUGUUAGGACUGUUUUGCCCUUUGUUUUCCACACUCUUAUCUGUGGAUCUUGGUCUGCUUUGGGUAUUUAUGCCGCUGGUCGUCGACUUAAUGACACUCUUUAGUUC